CUUGUUGUGACAUCAUAAAGGCUGCGCCUCUGCUGUGAACAAUCUCAAGCGUCCUGAGGUGUAUUUAGCAAAUUUGCUCCAAUAACAUGGCUCGUUUCCUGUCAAGCGGGGGAAAAUCUACUAUUGUAAAGAUGGAGAUUAUGAAAGAAGAGAGUGAAGACAUGAGAGUAACAGAUGCAAAAUUGAAAAAUGAAGAUACUGAGCAACAAAGAGAAGAAACCCAAGAUCCACCGGAGGUGUAUGUUAGAUUUAAGGGAGGACCCAUCACUAUAAUGAAAAUAGCGACCAUGGUAGGUGAUGAUGAAAUGGCACAUGGCUCUGCUGAUGUGCGUGAAGGCCAACGUGACAACGAGAGAAUGAUCAUGUCGGCGAGAAGUGGGAGGACAAUAAAAAGAAUUCCUCAUAAAUAUAGCUCAGAUGUGGCUGUUGUGUCUACAUUUCAGACUGAUGAUGCAGCAUCAGACCAGCCAAACACUCAGACUGAAGUAUGGCCAAAUUAUGAGGAAGCAGGAGAACACACCUCACAGGUUUUUCUUCGAAAAGCAAAACAAACCAUUGAAAUCCAAAAAGAGAAGAUUGUUCACCUUGAGGAAAAGGUGAAAUCUUUGACUGAAGAGAGAAAUUAUCUCCGGGAAAGACUACAGGAUGCUCUUAAUCUGAAAGGUGAAGCAGUUCAAAGAAAACCACCUCAAUACUUGCUGACUCCACCAUCAUCUUCAGCUGCAAAGAAUGUGGACAGUUCUUCAGAAUCUUCUGAUUCGUCUGAUUCUGAGCCCACACCAAAGAAAAAAAAUAAGAGUGAUAAACAGAAAGGAAGAAUAAACAAGAAGAAAUCAAAGAAACUGAUGGGUAACUAUUCCAAAAGAGUAAGGACCCCUGAAGAUUCUAUCAAGCGGUACUACAAUGUACUGAAGCUUGUAAAACAAGGCCUGACUAAGACUGAAGCCUACAACAGAUUUAAUGUUGACAGGAACACUAUAGUCAUUCAGGCUCCCAUUGCUGAGUUAGCGGCAGCUAAUCCAGAAGCUUUCAAAGCAUUGAGGGAAAGCUUUAAAAAAGGUGACAGCGUACAAAGGUUUGCUGAAAGUUGUCUCACACUGUGCAGACUUCACCCCAAUGUGGAUGUAAUUCAUAAUAUGAAGGAAAUCGAUGACCUACUGGAUAUUAGUAAAAAGUGAGGUAAACUGUGUUCAGCAAUUACUUUGAUGCUGGGGCAUACUUGUGUAGGAAAAAAGGUUAUUGUAUUGCUAAAAAGUUUUUACUUUUGACUGUUCAUGUUCGUAUUAAUUGGGUAAUUGUACAUUUUAAUAGUUUAAAUCCUAAUGAAGUAAAUGGACAUGCGAUAGUUUUGAUACCAGGGACUAAAAAUGGUUCAAGGAAAUCUUUAGCAGAACUUAACCGAAAUCUGGAACAAAGUGAUUUUCAAUUGUUCCAGAGGGAAAACAGUAUUUUUAAAUGCUGGAAACUGGUUAUAACCGGUUCAUUUUGUUCCUAAAGUAAUUUUUUGGAACUACACCACUUCAUGUUGCCUGAAAAAAUUUAACGUGCUUUGAUACUGAAGAAAAAUGCUGCAUCAUACAUUUCUUUGCCUAAUUGUCUGUUGUGGAUGAAGCAUUCUUUGAAUGAAGACCUUUUUAAACUAUGUUUAAUUAAUACAUGCAACCCCUGGCAAAAAUUAUGGAGUCACCACACUUUUUCUUUUUUACUUUGCAGCAAAUAAUAACUUUGAUAAUAAUCAUUUAAUAAUAAAAAUAAAAAUGAAUAAUAUUUUUUUCCUCAACAUUGAGUGAUUCCAUACGUUUUUCCUCUACUUGAUCUGGAAAAUAAAUAUGCCAUUAAUUAAAAUAAUGUAAUUUAAUUUAUUUGAGUGAUGUUUCAUGAAGCCAGAAUGUUCAUCUAUUAAACAAAAAUUGCUUGUGUCAUAUCUGUGAUUUGUUUAUUUGCUAUUUGCAGAAUGAAAAAAUACUGUUUUUGCUCAGAAAGAACCAAAAUGAAAAACCAUUUCAUUUUUUAGUCCCUGUUUGAGACAAAGGGACACAGUAUGUUAACAUGGGCUAAGGUUAUGUUGUUGAUACCUAAAUAAUGUGAUGAAUGUGCUGUGUUAUUUCUUAAUUCUUUUUUUAAAAACACUACAUAGUUGUUGUUUUUUCAUUCUUGUAUUGUGAAAUAAAUGGUUUUGU